AUGGCGGCAGCAAGGUUCCUGAUUGUGCCGCUGCUGGCUUUGCUGGCUUGCUUUGUUGGUUGUGCCUCUGAAGUGGCGUUGGGUGCAGUUGGAGGUUGGACCGCUUAUGACCCUCCAGAGCUUAUCGCGACAAUUGCCGCGUUUUUGGACUACCGGGCCAACUGGGACGCUGCCUUGGCAGCCAGGUUGGGGCCUCCCAGAAUUACCAUCCCAGGUGGGUUUCAUCCGAACGGAAGCUCUGUUGCUCUUCGCAUCGGAACGUCGCACCUGCGGCCGGAUGUCGGGGUGGCCACGGCCUUAGACAUGAUGCUGGGCCUCGAUGGUGCGCAGCCUGUGGCAGGGCUGUUGGCAGCUUCCGCCUCAUCCGUCACGAUGCCUAUCGCUACGUUGGCCGCAGCCAGGGAAGUUCCUCAAAUUUCUCACUCAGCCACCAGUCCGCAACUGUCGAACAAAGCUGCAUAUCCAUAUUUUUUGAGAACGGUGGCUCCAGACGGCAUCCAGGCAAAAGCGAUUUGGGCUUGGAUUGUGCAAUUUGAUGUUGUGUCGGCAACAUUUCUGUACUCCCGUGAGUCCUUUGGCCAAGGGCUGCUGUCAGAUGUGCAAUUGUUGGCGCGGACCUCUGGCCGACCAGACGCAGUCCAGGGACAAGACAUCCCAUACAUGCCGGUGGAGUACGACGCCGCACAAGCCCGAGAGUCCUUGAAUGCAGCUCGGCGGCUACCUUCGCGCUUUAUGAUCUUGGCAUUGGAGCCCAAGAUGUCGAACCACAUCCUGAGAAGCCUCCUGGCUGAGGGGAUGCUUGGGGAAGGGUGGCAGAUCGUGGGCACGGACACUUACGGCUCCACGGGAGACUUGCUUCCGGUCGGCUUCAUGAAAAUUCUCCCGGUGUCCCGGGGAUCUCUCUUCCCCAGCUUCUUGCAGUUGUGGUCCAGGUUGGAUCUGGAAGACAUCCUCGGGCCUGAAGGAAAAGACUUCGGGAUUGACCGGAUGCGGAGACCUUUGUCCAACGAGUCCGUUGCGAAGAGCCUGGCGAGCAUCCCAGCACAAGCCGUGUGGGCUCCUCUGGCUUUUGACGCUCUGUAUGCCUUCUUCAUCGCCAUCAACAGGCUUCUGUUCAAGGGAGUUGCGGAGCCUGACAUUCGGGGGCAGGUGCUGUUGCAAGAGCUUCGCGAGACCAGCUUCCUUGGGAUUACUGGUGAGGUGAGCUUCGAUGAGUUUGGCGACCGUGUCGGAACCUUUGAACUUCAGAACCUGCAAAAGGAUCCGAACUCGCAGUUGCUUCAAACAGUUGUGGUGGGUCUUUUCAGCACCUCGACUGGGCAUUUCUCCUUCAGUAGAAAUCCUGUAUGGAUGGAUGGAUCCGCUGGGAUAAAGCCCCCGCAAGAGCUGAGUACUUGCAUCCCUGGGUAUUAUGAAGAGGAGCAAACGAGACACUGCAGAGUAUGUCCCAAAGGAAUGAUGUGCACGGGAGGUGCCAGUGCGGGAUUCGAGGCAUGUCCACGAGGGACCUUUGCAAACAUGUCUGGCAUGCUGAAUUGUACCCCCUGUCCAGAGGGACACUUUGCACGGGAUGUAGGUUCUGUCGAGUGCAGUCCUUGCGUGCCUGGUAUGGAGGCACCGCACAUGGGCAUGGAAGAAUGCACAAAAUGUAAGCCAGGGAGAUACAUGCCAUCCGCAGGGGCCUCCCAAUGUUUGCCGUGUGGGCAGAGUCAGAUCACAUUGCAAAGCGGUGCUGACUCCCUUUCGUCCUGCCUUUGCGCAGAAGGCUCCUUCAUGUGUCCGAACGUCGGCUGCAUGCCGUGUUCCUCUGGCUUGCACUGCCCAGCAGGCCUGAGUCCUCCAGGGCAGAAGGCAGGUUUCUGGGCCGACCCUGGGGCUUUUGCGAGUUCCAAGGAGUGCGUGGCAUCCGUACUGCGAUGCCGCUCGGCAUCAGAGUGUCCCAAGGCUGCCUUGGGGACAUGUGCCCACGGAAGACAUGGCCGAGCCUGCAACAACUGCCAGGUCGGCCACUUCCCGGACUUUGACGGGUCGUGUCAGGCUUGCGGAGAGACUGAUGUUCUUCUGGGGGCCCUCUUUAUUGCCGUCGUGCUGAUUGCGCUCUUUAGUGUGAGCCUGAUGAAGGUGGAGCCAAGCCAACUUAGCUUCAACCUGCUGACCGCGGCGGCGGUGGCAAGCCAGCUGGUCGUGGCCAUCCAAGCAUUGGGAUCCAUGCAGAAGCUCGCGAUGGUUUGGCACCACCCUGCCAAGGAGCUGAUGGAGUUAACCAGGCUGCUUACCCUCGACCUUGACUUCGUCCGAGUGUCGUGCCUCUACGGGCUGAACGACCCGGUUGUCACGUUCUUCGGCCGGCUGCUUCUGUGCCCGGCUCUCUGCGCACUUCUUUUCCUCAGCUGGUUGCUUGAGAAGGCGUGCGGACGGGCAACAUCGCUGGACAGCCUCGUCAACUUGACUGGCUUGCUUCUCGUUUCCUUCUUUCUAUCAAUUACCCUGUCCACCCUUAUCCCAUUCCAGUGCACCAUCAACCCAAGUGGGAGCUUUUCGCUCGUGACACAUCCGGGCAUCAUCUGCUUCGAGUCAGAGGAGCACCUCGUGCUGACGCUGCUUGCAUUGAUUGGCGUUUGCACGCAGCCCCUCCCCAUUCUCGCGUGGGCAACGUAUGCUACCAUCAUGUACCCAUCACGGGUUGCCAGUGGCAGAGGCCUUCGCCUGGUGAACCGGCACCGUUUCCUCUUCCACCGGUUCAAGCCGGAGCAGUACUACUACGGCUUGGUCUUACUGCUCCGCAACGGCCUGGUGGCGAUUCUUCCCAUUGCAACGGUGGAGCUCCCGGAGCUUCAGGUUCCCCUCAUGGGCCUGAUCUUGCUGGCCAGCUUGGCGCUGCAGGCCCGCACCUACCCAUGGCGCACUGCGCAGGCCAAUCAUGUGGAUUUAGGGAUUGGCGUCCUCCUCCUGCUCAUCCUCCUGGGGGCUGCUCCGAUGCUUAGCCUCGACUUCGAAAGAUCCUCGGUGGUGUUCGGCUGGAUCCUGUGCAUUCCCAUCAUUGGAAUCCUGCUGCUGGGCACUGGAAUUCUGGCAUGUGCGAUUUUCAAGCACAUCGAACGAAGAUGCCUCUUUGGUGUCUUCUUAUGCCAUCACAAGGGCGGUGCUGGAAGCCUCUGCCGUUUACUGAAGAUCUUGAUUGCACGGCACAGCCCAACGCGAGUGUUCCUGGAUUGUGACCAGCUGGAAAAGUUAGACCUUCUCUUCGACAUUGUCCGGACAUGUACCAAGAGCGUCGUCGUGGUCCUCACGCCGGAGGUUUUGAAGAGAGUUUGGUGCGCAGGAGAGAUCACCACGUCCUGGAAGAACCGAGUCACCACAGUACCCCUUGUCUGCGAUGGCUUUCACCCACUCUCGGAAGAGGCGUGCAGACACAUCUUCACUACCAUAUGGACCGCUCAGCAGAAGCAACUCCUGGCAAAUUAUGGCGUGGAGAUUAACGACGUCAGCUUGGCGUACGCAUGGCUCCAGGAAGAGUUGGACCCUUUGCAGAUGCCUCGCUUUGGCCCAGUGUGGGGUAGGGAGGACGUCGUGCGGGACCUGCUCGGCCGAUGCGGUGUGCUCUCCCUCUCACCGCUAGGGAAAGGCUUAAAAAGAAUGAGCUCUGCUCGUGACAGCCUGGCGCCCGCGAGAGCUCGGAUUCUGAUCACAGGACCCGUCACGGACGCGGAGUCCCUUUCAGCAUGCGAGUGCUUUCAGCUCCUCCUUCAGGGCCACUUGCAAGUGGAGUGCGCUGUGGUUCAUGGCAGGCGUCAGAUGGUGAGCUGGAAGAAGUGGGCCCACUACCUGGUCGUCUUGCUCUUCCGGGGCAUCUUCAGCGACAUCCUCUUUGCCCGGUCGCUCCUGGCCGCCUUCACGGCACCUGGGCAGGACCUGGAGCUCCUGACCGUCAUCGCUGAUACGCGCUUCGAGUUCCCAAGCCUGGAUCCACACGCCAAAGUUGAAGUCCACGUCGACUCCGAGAGCAUGCCGGACAUGGAGUUGCUGCACCAGGCUUACCGACGACUCAUCAACGUUUUGGCCUUGCCGUUCUCGCCCCUGGCAUCAGAAGGCCUUCAGCAGAAGCAGGUUGCGGAGAUUGCCAGCCGAAUGCGCCGUUACAAGGAUUCAGCCAGUGCAUGGCACGAUGAGGAGGAUCUCAGCUUCCAGCAUCAAACGUCGGUGACCAGCUGCGCAUCUGAAACUGAACAGGUGCUGGGCAAGACGCUGAAGCUGCAGGGAAUACCUUUGUCUCCCUCCAUUGCAUCAGCUGAGGAGGACGGCAGGACGGAUUCUGAGGGGGAGGGCUCCUGGUUGUCCAUGUGA